AUGGCCUCCGUCUACAAAUCCCUCGGCAAGGGCAAGGCCACCUCCAAAUCCCACGACGAAGAUGGCGACUCCAGCAAACCCAAAAACCGCCAACGAGUCCUCAUCCUCACAUCCCGCGGCGUAACAUACCGACACCGCCACCUCCUCAACGACCUCCACGCCCUCCUCCCCCACUCCCGCAAAGACGCCAAACUCGACACAAAAACCCAACUGCACCAACUCAACGAACUCGCCGACCUCUACAACUGCAACAACGUCCUCUUCUUCGAAGCUCGCAAGGGGAAAGACCUCUACAUUUGGUUGUCCAAACCACCCAACGGACCCACCGUCAAACUCCACUGUCAGAAUGUGCAUACCAUGGAAGAGUUGAAUUUCACAGGCAACUGCCUCAAGGGAUCGAGACCGGUGUUGAGUUUCGAUGCGAACUUCGAUAAGAUGGCGCAUACACGCGUGCUGAAGGAGUUGUUGACGCAUACUUUCGGGGUGCCGCAGAGCAGUCGGAAGGUGAAGCCGUUUGUGGAUCAUGUUAUGGGGUUUACGUUGGCGGAUGGGAAGAUUUGGAUCAGAUGCUACCAGAUCUCUGAGACGGAGGUGGCUAAGUCGCAGAAAGUCGCUGAGGGUGAGACAGACACCGCUGCGCCUGCGAAAGCCAUCACGAAGGCGACGGGAGGUAAACCGGAAACCCACAUUACCCUCGUGGAGAUCGGACCGCGACUUGUUCUCACUCCGAUUGUUAUCCUGGAGGGCAGUUUCGGUGGACCAGUCAUCUAUGAAAACAAGGAGUUCGUGUCGCCCAACCAGAUUAGAAGUGAUUUGCGGAAGAGUAAGGCCGGGAGGUAUAAUCGCCGGGCGGAGAGUGAGAUGGGACGGAAGGCGAGACAUCGAGAUUUGGGAUUGCGAACGGGUGAGGGGACGAGGGAGGUGGAUGAGUUGGAUGAGAGGGUGCUUUUUGCUUGA